AUGAGCACUGCGGUCCCUUUGGCUCAAUUUUCGAGUCAAGCCGCUGCGUUUGCGCGAGAUGGCGGGGCUUGGAUUGCAAUCAUGUCGACAACGGAGCCGACUUACACGACGCUCACUGGCUCGAUUUGUAGCGACGUGCCGAGUUGUUUAUUUCUCUCGUGGACCGCGACGACGACGAACACUGCUUUUGCCGUCAAUUACCAGGCGAAUGUUAGCGUCCCACUGGAUCAGUAUGGAAAUAUCGAUUCUGUCAACUUCAAUUUGGCUUACAAUAUCGAGUGGGCCUCUUCAAAGGUUUCACAAGGGACCUCUAUUAGCACGCACUCCUCUGUUGGGAUAGGAGGCGUGUCCUUCAUGGACAAUACCUCUGCGGACGAUUACAACGCCCUCACUCGAACAAGGAAUACGUGGAUAUCCAGUCCAUUCGGCCAUUCGGGAAGUGUAACUCCCGAAAGAUACGGUGAUGCAAAGUCUGGAUAUGUCACUCUGUACAUCGGCAUAACGAUGCCCGUGGAAGCAGGCGCGAAUAUUGCAUACUAUGUCAAGGGCAUUACGUUCGAGGUCACGAAUCCUAUCGUCAACGCGCCGUCUUCUGGUUCCACGACUGUGACCUCUACGGCGUCCUCGACGAGUGGAGUCUCGCAGAGUGGGAGUUCUACGGGGAGUAGUACGAGGCUGCAUUCGGAGCUGGGUGCCUUGCCUGGUCUUUCUAGCGGCGCUUCGCCUCUCUCCUCUGGAGGAGCGUCUGUUGGUUCGGGGGGUAGUGCGGCGAGUGGUGUUGCACCGCCGAAGACCGCUAUUAUCGCAGGGGUGGUGGGAUCCCUCCUCGGUGCGAUAGCAUUGGUCGUUGUAAUUUGGUUCAUUAGGCGGAGGAGACAGAAGAGGAAUGAUGGUGCAUCCGUGGUUCCCUUCACGUCCGUGCAGGAUGAUGUCUACUCUACCACGGAGCUCCCAACGUCAAGACGAGAUAACAAGCCAGUUACACUGGAUAUAAAAUUGGCAGGUGGGCGUGAAAAAACGGGUCGUUCCAGCAUGGAUGGAUCCCAGGUUGCAAGUUCGUCUUCUAUUCGUCGAAGACAGCAGCAAUCCAGCAACGCCGCUCUUGCGCAAAGCAGUGACCCCUCACGUGGAGGGGGCGAAUUAUCUCCACAAGGCAUCUUCUCUCCUCUUGAUGAACAUGCGACUCGACUCGGAGUUCAUUACCCUUCACGAGGAGAGAAGCUGGGCGUUCACCGUGACGAGACAUCCGAAAUGGUGGCCUCGACGUCUCGUGCGCCACCGAGACGGCAACCGGAGCUAGAUCAAGAGGAGAACCUUGAGCGACCAGCUCCCUCCACGGUUAUGAGUCCUGUAGGUGACCUCCCACCACCACCGUAUUUCAUGACUACAUCCGCUGGAGCACGACUUGGACUCGUUGGGCAUUCUUCUUCCAGACCGGAGACGCUAGAAGAACUCGCGCGGAGAUAUCGACCGCUCAUCCCGGUCGAGUUGGAGGCAAAGUUGCGACGCGCGAAUUAUCUUCCCACUGAGAAUCCAGAUGAUAUACCAGAGGAGGCGUGGUUGCGGGAAUAUGGGGUUGGACCGCUGGAGCUCGCACGGGUCAGACGGUUAUACCAGAUGUGA